AUGGGGUCGAGCCUAUGCGUUAUUCGCAAGUUACACCAGAUGAGCCGCCCAGGAUGGAACACCUCUCCCGAUUGCGCACAUGAUGAUCGCGCUGCUAAUGGCGGGUCAGCACUUCAGCACUCGUCUUCGUCUUCAAGCGCCUGGACCAUGCUCUGCCUCGCGUCUCGACCCGACAUGAUCGAAGAGUUGUAUCGGGACCAAGUUAAAAAUCUUGGCUACGCCGGCUGCGAGCCCCUGAAGCACUCAGACAUUGAUAAGUUGCCUCUACUGCAGAACGUCCUCAAAGAGACUCUACGGGUUCAUUCCUCGAUUCACUCGCUUGUGCGAAAGGUCACACGGCCGAUGCCGGUACCCAACAGCGACUACGUUACCAGGCCGGAUAAAGUCCUUGUGUCAUCGCCAAUCAUGUUAGACAUGAGCGAGGAGUAG